UGGGAAACUGAGGAACAAAGGCUAAGUGACAAACAUGGUCACACAGGGAUGGAGCCAGGGAGAGAGAACCCGAGCCUUUUUGACUCCUAGGCCUGUUCCCUAACCCCAAGACCAUCCUCCCGCCCUUACUGUUGCUGAGUGCAAUAUCCUGCGAAACCUUACAAAGCUGUCCCUCAUCUUCAGCCACAUGCUGGCGGAAAUCAAAGGAAUAUUUCCUAAUGGCCAAUUCCAGGGUGACAACUUCCGUAUCACAAAAGCAGAUGCUGCAGAAUUCUGGAGAAAAUUUUUUGGAGACAAAACUAUAGUGCCAUGGAAAGUGUUCCGGCAGUGCCUUCAUGAGAUUCAUCAGAUAAGCUCUGGUUUGGAAGCAAUGGCUCUUAAGUCUACCAUUGACUUGACCUGCAAUGACUACAUUUCAGUUUUUGAAUUUGAUAUCUUCACUAGACUAUUUCAGCCUUGGGGUUCAAUCUUAAGGAACUGGAACUUCUUAGCUGUGACACACCCUGGCUAUAUGGCAUUCCUAACAUAUGAUGAAGUCAAAGCAAGGUUACAGAAAUACAGCACCAAACCUGGGAGCUACAUUUUCAGACUGAGUUGCACUCGACUGGGGCAGUGGGCCAUUGGAUACGUAACUGGUGAUGGAAACAUUUUGCAGACUAUACCUCACAACAAGCCUUUAUUUCAAGCUCUAAUUGAUGGCAGCCGGGAGGGAUUCUAUCUAUACCCAGAUGGACGAAGUUAUAAUCCUGAUCUGACAGGAUUAUGUGAACCUACUCCACAUGAUCACAUAAAAGUUACACAGGAACAAUAUGAAUUGUACUGUGAAAUGGGUUCCACUUUCCAGUUGUGUAAAAUCUGUGCAGAGAAUGAUAAAGAUGUGAAGAUUGAGCCUUGUGGACAUCUCAUGUGCACUUCGUGUCUUACAGCAUGGCAGGAAUCCGAUGGUCAGGGCUGUCCUUUCUGCCGAUGUGAAAUCAAAGGAACCGAACCAAUAAUUGUAGACCCUUUUGAUCCAAGGGAUGAAAACUCCAGAUGCUGCAGUAUUAUAGAUAGUUUUAGUAUGCCCAUGCUAGACUUGGACGAUGAUGAUGACAGAGAAGAAUCUUUAAUGAUGAAUCGGUUGGCUUCAGUACGAAAGUGCAAUGAAAGACAGAAUUCACCAGUGACUUCUCCAGGAUCCUCUCCACUUACACAGAGAAGAAAGCCACUUCCAGACCCCCUGCAAAUUCCCCAUCUUAGUCUCCCACCGGUGCCUCCUCGUCUGGAUCUCAUUCAGAAGGGGGUAGCACGGUCACCUUGUGCCAGCCCUACUGGCUCACCAAAGUCUUCUCCAUGUAUGGUGAGGAAACAAGAUAAACCCCUCCCAGCACCACCACCUCCCUUGCGAGAUCCUCCUCCACCUCCACCUGAGAGACCCCCUCCUAUCCCGCCGGACAACAGGAUAAGUAGGCAUUUGCAUCAUCCUGAAAGUGUGCCUUCCAGAGACCAGCCUGUGCCACUUGAAGCUUGGUGCCCCAGAGAUGUGUUUGGGACAAGUCCCUUAAUAGGAUGUCGAAUCCUAAAUGACAGUUCCCCCAAACCAGGACUCACUCCAAGUUCAAAUAUAAAUGGAAGGCACAACCGAAUGGGUUCUGACCCAGGAUUUAUGAAAAAACAUAGACGCCAUGAUUUGCCUUUAGAAGGUGCCAAGGUAUUUUCAAAUGGCCAUCUAGGAAAUGAAGAAUAUGAUGUCCCUCCUCGACUUUCGCCCCCUCUCACAGCUGCCUCCAUCCUCCCUGGUAUUAAGUGUGUCGUUCCUGUAACAAAUUCCCUUGGUGAGAAAUUGAGGGAGCAUGUAGAAGAUGAUGAUGAGUACAAGAUUCCUUCAUCCCAUCCUGUAUCCCUGAGCUCCCAACCACCUCAUUGUCAUAAUAUAAAACCUCAUAUUAGGGUGUGCGAGAAUGGUCAGUGUGCUGGUAUAAUGAAUGGAACACACAAUGCUGCUUCAGAGAUGAAGAAAUCCAAAACCCCGGAGUUAGGAGAUGCCUUUGAUGCAUCCACUGCUCCAGUAUCUUUACCACCUGCACGGCCUCCUGCCAGAGACAACCCAAAACACAGCCCUUUGCUCAACAGGACGCCCUCCGAUUAUGAUCUUCUGGUGCCCCCUUUAGGAGAAGAUUCAUUUGACAACUCCCCACCAUCACUUCCUCCACCUCCACCUCCUGCUCGGCACAGCCUCACUGAGAAUUCCAAACCUCUGGGCUCAGGAAGCAGACCCUCUUCAGGACAUGAACUGUUCCUUCCUCCUUCGGAUCUCUUUUUUGAUCCAGCUACUAGUGUAAUUCCUUUGCCUCCUGCUCGAAGAUUAACAGUGGAAAAUGUCAAAACUAAUAGAACAUCCCAGGACUACGAUCCGCUUCCGUCCAUCUCAGCAGAUGGUUCACAAGCACCAGCCAGACCCCCUAAACCACUUCCUCGCAGGACUGCACCAGAAAUCCAUCACAGAAAAGCAUACAACUCUGACACCUCCUUGGAAAAUGUGGAUGCAAAAAUUGCAAAACUUAUGGGAGAGGGCUUUUCUUUUGAAGAAGUGAAGAGGGCACUUGAAAUAGCCCAGAAUAAUGUUGAUGUGGCUCGUAGUAUUUUAAGAGAAUUUGCCUGCUUUCCUCCUCCAGUCUCCCCACGUCUCAAUCUAUAGCAGCAUGCAAGUCCCUGCAGCAGAUGAAUUCCAUGGAUGUGUGUGUGUGUGUGGAACUGAGAGCAGGAGAGAGAAUUUGAGAGAGUUUUCUUCUCUUGUCAUCCUUAGAAGAGAGUCUGUUUCCAGCAGUUUAUCAGAGGAAGAUGGCUGCUCUGAUCAAGACUCAUAGAUGGGCCAAGGCUUCUGUAUUUUUGCUAGCCAUACUUUUAAAAUCAGGGUUGAACUGACAAAAUUAUUUUAAGAAGUUUACUUCCCUUGAACUUUGAAUCUGUGAAAUGCUUUUUUCUUGUUUACAAGUUGGCAAGUUGACACUUGUACUGUGUUCCUGUUUAGAUUCCCUUGUACGGUGGUCAGUUCAGCUGUAGCAUUUGCCGCAUUUUCCAUGCUGACCACCCCAUCAACUAAAUCAUUUUUUCCAGAAGCUCUGUAUUUCCAUUUCUCCUUUUAUAAGAGGCUUUAAUGGUUUUUGCAUUUCAACUUAUCAAACAAAUGCAAAAAAAAAAUAGUAUGUGGCCUUCACUACUGACUGUUUUCUUCUGAGAUUGCUUUGUUAUUGCGAGAGGGAAAACUGAAUGUAUAAUGCAUUAUUUUUUGUCUAUGAACUGCCUUUUUAAAGGUAUUUUGACAGUGA